AUGACUUCUCGAAUCGCCGCCCUAUUCAUCCUCAUCGCGCUGUUCCCUCGCCGUGCCGCUACCGCAGUAGUACGAUCACCUUCUUCGCACCACGCUCCCCGCGCAAUCACAAGUAAAGCCGGCCUAGGCUGGGCGAACGGCAACGCUAAUGACAUAACGCAAUACCUCAGCACCGGUAAGGUGCAAUGGUACUACACCUGGAGCCCAGAACCGGUCCAGACGGACAUUGAGUUCGUGCCCAUGCUCUGGGGGCUGAAGCAGGCCAACGACUGGGACAGCAACAUCAACAACACCAUCGCCGCGCAGCACGUCACGAGCCUCCUCGGGUUCAACGAGCCCGAGAUCGAGGGCCAGUCGAACCUCUCGCCCGCCGACGGCGCCACGCAGUGGAAGGCGCACAUCGAGCCGCUCAAGGGGCUGAACGUCCGGCUCGGGGCCCCCGCGCCCAGCGGCUCGCCGACGGGCAAGCAGUGGAUCACGGACUGGCUGAGCGCGUGCGACGGCGGGUGCACGGUCGACUUCAUGCCGCUGCACUGGUACGACGUGAACUCGACGGCGUUCAUGGAGUACCUGGAGGACUACCACGAUACGUUCCAGAAGCCGAUUUGGGUCACCGAGUGGGCGUGUCAGAACUUCAACCAGGCGGACCGCCAGUGCUCGUCGGAUGAUAUUGUGGGCUUCAUGAACGCUACACAGUCGUUCAUGGACAGCACCGACUGGGUCGAACGCUACGCGUGGUUCGGCGCUAUGGAAAACCUGCAGGGCGUGAACCAGGAGAACGCGCUGAUGUCCACCUCGGGUUCAAUCACAUCCCUGGGCGAGCAGUACAUCGGCGCAGCUAGGCCGAACGUGACUUCCGACUACCAGCCCGGCGUAGUACAUGGCGGCUCUGGCGUCGCCGCUCCCACUGGCACGCAAGCGUCGAGUUCACCGGAUUCUCAGCGAGCGAUCUUGUGGCAGGUGGUCACGCUCGGGACCCUUGCAUCGCUUUUCCUCUGUUCAUAAAGAUGAUCAGGGUCGCCUGGCCUUCUAUCCUCGCUACUUAUACCAGUCAUGCGGACCAUAUAAUGCCGACACGCAAUGCUCUAAGCUAGAACGUUAUCCACCUCGCCGAUGUACUUGCAGGAUACCCAUAUAGCUACGAGGACAAUAUUCGGACGCUUGCAGACAUU